AUGACGACUCGUUACCGUGUCGAGUACGCCUUGAAGACACAUCGCCGCGACCAAUUGAUCGAAUGGAUCAAAGGCCUCCUCGCUGUCCCCUUCGUCCUCCACUCUCAACCCACCGCCGCCUACGCUUCCACCAGCCCAACCACACCCAAUGACGACACCUCUCUCCUCUCAACGAUGGCAACAACCACUCACCGGCGCUACGCCGAGAUACUCCGCGACGUCGAAGCCCUGAUAACCGACCACCUCAACCACCAAGUCCAUCACUUUCCCGGACUCAGCAAGCUCAAGCACCUCGUUCCCACCACAGGAACAUUCUUCACCCCGCUACCCCUCGAAAAGGCCUUUGUCUACCAAGACCGUAAACGAAGAAUCAGCUCCCGUCGCUUUGUGGCGCCCAGCUUCAACGACGUCCGCGCCAUUCUCAACACCGCCCAACUUAUGGCCUUGGUGCACCCGUCGCCAUCCCACACCCCCUCUCACGACACUACUUCCGACCCCAUAUCCAACCCCACACGGAUAUCACAGAGACAGGAGACCUGGGACAGGGCAGUGACUGGGGUUGGGGGACUCAAACUCAUAACCUUCGAUGGCGACCUAACUCUUUACCCUGACGGCUCAGCUCUCGACAAGUCCAACCCUGUGAUCCACAAAAUCCUCGCCCUCCUUGCCCGCGGCAUCCAUAUCGGCAUCGUCACCGCAGCCGGCUACACAGAGCCGGCCGCCUACCAUGCCCGUCUGCAUGGCCUGCUGAACGCAAUCGACACCGCCAUACGCUUCUCUGCACCACCGGAUGAUCCAGUGGGAAGUCUCAACAACGUACGAUCUGGCAAGACAAAAUUGGUCGUUAUGGGCGGGGAGUCGAACUACCUCUUCAUAUUUGAUGGGAAUAAGAAGGCGCUCUUGAGUAGGGUGGAGAGGGAGGAGUGGAUGUUACCUGAGAUGCGCGGCUGGACUGAGCCCGCCAUCUCCUCCCUCUUAGAUGUUGCGGAAGGCGCGCUGAGGGAAUGCAUCAUCAACCUCUCCCUUCCCGCGACUAUAUUCAGGAAAGAACGUGCAGUCGGUAUCAUCCCGCGAAGGGGCGGGGCGUUCACGAGAGAGCAGCUCGAGGAGACGGUGCUGGUUACGCAGCAAGUCGUUGAAAUGUCCCAAGCUGAGUCCGAGGAAGGGAGGAGGGUGCCAUUCUGCGCUUUCAAUGGGGGAAAUGAUGUUUUCGUUGAUAUUGGGGAUAAGAGUCUGGGGGUGAGGGCCGUGCAGAAUUGGAUUGGCACGCGUGAAGAAGGGCAAGGGGGGAUCAAAGGGGAAGAAACACUCCAUAUAGGUGACCAAUUUUUGAGUGCGGGUGCUAAUGAUUUUAAGGCAGAGGAAGUGGAGUUGGCAGAAAGGACCUUUAAAAGGCAGAACUCUGGUGAGUGGCUAGGCAUUGGGCCACUUUCGUGA